AUGUCGUCCUCGGACACUUCCUCAUUAUCGUCAGCUCCACCAACUGACGAUGAAUCUAUGGAAAUGGCUUUCGAGACCAAUCCCCCCAUCACAAAGUAUUUCAAGGAAAAGGAAGAAUCGCCGCCACCACCGGAACGCCCCGAGUCACCUCCGCACGAGUAUGUGCUGGCAGAUAAUCCGGACAUCGCUUUCAUUGUCAUGUUCCGCGCGCGCUUCAGCGACGUCUUCCCGAAAUCUCUUCCGCAUUACGGCCCCCAAGAUAUCGAGAGAGGUGUGCAGGAUCCAGUGCCGGGAGAACAUGUGGAAAGGCUUCUGUGCGCUUUACUUGGCCUGGUACUAAAUCGGAAGAAGGAUGUUGAUAAGAAUCAUUACCAUCGCGCCCUGGAGGACGCGGUUCAAACCCAUGCGUCACAGUGGCCGCGGUCGUGGGGGGGGAAGAACCCGCUUCACGGCGGGCGCACUUUCGCGACCAUGUCACCAGAAGAACGCUUGUCAAUUCUUAGGGCGUUAAUACUCUGGGCGCUAUCGUCCUCUGACGCGGUCCAAGCGAAGAUCAAGGAAUCCUAUAAGCAAACACGACAUGACGAUGAUCUGAAUCAGCCAUUAUCAGUACAACCAUGGGGCCGCGACGACCAAAAAAGGCGAUUCUGGCUUAUUGAGGGUCAAGAUGACACCCAUUUCCGUCUGUAUCGGGAGAGCAACCCGACUUCGGACAACGUUACCUGGUGGAGUGUGGCAGGAAAUAUUCCCGAAUUGAAAGCUGUUGCCGAACGUCUUGAAAAGGAAAAAUCCGUGCAUUCCAAGAGACUCAGUGAGAAGAUCAAGAUGGCUAUACCUCGUUUCGAGGGUUCCGAGGAGAAACGCAAACGUCGUGACUAUCGACUUGCGCGGAAAGCCCAAUUUGCUCGUCCGGAACCAGGAUUCUCUCUUUACGAGGGCCGUACCCGUGGGAAGAAGAUGAAGUACACAUAUUCUGAUGACGAGGACAUCUUUUCAGACGAUAUGCCUUCGACUCGAAGAUCCACACGAAAUAUAUCUGGUGUUUCUACCCCGGGGGAACCUGCUGGACCAGUGUUCACUGCCAGUGGGAGACAAGUGCGAACCCGUGCUGGAGGUAUCUACGGGGAAUCUCUGCUUAGCGGUCAGCGGAGAGAUGACGCUGUAUCUACCGGGCUACAGAACGGCAAUAAUGCCUCAGGGAGGCCCCAGCGAAGUACGCGGGGACAAGUGAAUGGAUAUGCGACGAGAAACACGAAUUUCGUUGACGAGAUGGACGAUGAAUCAGAGGCCGUCUCCAGCGGAAAUGAUCUGAAGGAAGACGAAGAAUAUCAAAAUGAAUUCGAAGGAGACGAUGAAGACGAAUCCAGCGAGGACGAAUCGAUGGUGGACGAUGAGGAAGGUGAUAAUCCCAGCCUUGUCGUGCAACUAAAAUACGGCAAAGGCCGGAAGCUCAGUCCGCAACAAGAAGCUGCAGAGAGUGGUCCUGCUGUUGAUGAAGCAACAAAGACUGGACCCCCGGAAACCGGGCAAGAUUUAUCUGCCCAGUCUGCUCAAAAAACUCAAGUCAAUCACCCGACAGAGGUAGAUCAGAAGCCAUCCGAGCCGAAGCCCUUGGAAGCUCAAGUUUCAACUUCAUCUGCUCCCAUGGAACCUCAGCCACGAUUCGACGAUUUAAAGGAGAAUAUUGCAAACGACAUUGGUACCGCAGAUGAAAGGAAGCCGGAGGAUACCGGCCUCAAAUUUCCUCCAGAGCAAUCUGUCGCUCCGCUCAGUCCUUCGAGAGUGCAGAACGGAGCUGAAUUAGGUUUUUUUUAUUUCUUUCAUCUUUUAUUUUUAAUUAAUUUUCCCUGUCCUUCGUGUUGUGGUGUUAUACGGCUGCAGAUUUAG